AUGUCCGGUGUCGGUAACGCCGAGUUGCUACGCCAGCUUGAUAUCAAAGUUGUCAGCGAUUUGCCGGGCGUUGGCGAGGAAUAUCAGGACCACUACACAACUUUGACUCUUUAUCGCGUCUCCAACGAGACGGUCACCACCGAUGUGUUCCUCCGUGGUGUGAAGGAGGUCCAGAAGGAGCUUUUCGCUGAGUGGGAGACUAGUCCUGAGAAGGCACGCCUCUCGUCGAACAGCAUCGACGCUGGGCUCAAGAUCCGCCCUACGGGGGCGGAGCUCAAGAAGAUGGGUCCCGAGUUCAACGAACUUUGGGACAGGUACUUCAAGAACAAGCCCGACAAGCCCGUCAUGUUUGGGUCCAUCGUAUCUGGUGGUUACGCCGACCAUACGCUCUUACCCCCUGGCAAGUCCAUCACGAUGUUCCAAUACCUCGAGUACCCUGCUAGCCGUGGCAAGAUCCACGUCAAGUCGCAGAAUCCUUACAGCUACAAGAAGACGCGUGAGAUUGCCCGCCGCAUGGACGCAUUCCGCGGAGAGUUGACGUCUCACCACCCGCACUUCCACCCCGCUUCUCCCGCCGCGGCGAAGGACAUCGACAUCAGGACUGCCAAGGAGAUUUACCCCGACGGUCUCACUGUUGGCAUUCACAUGGGAACAUGGCACAAGCCCGGCGAGCCGUACGACGCUUCCAAGGAGCACGAGGACAUCGUCUACACCAAGGAGCACGAUGAGGCCGUCGACAACUGUGUUGCGGACCCCGUCGAGACUACCUGGCACUCCAUGGGUACUUGUGUCAUGAAGCUGCGCGAGCAGGGCGGGGCGGUCGACAAGCGCAUGAGCGAUAACUUGGGUACCAACACCUACUCCUCUGCUCUUCUCGUCGGCGAGAAGGCUGCGGACUUGAUCGUUGAGGAGCUUGGUCUCAAGCUCAGGAUUUCUCAUGUUCCCGUUCCCCAUGCUCCCAUUCCCACUGGCAAGCCUUCCACUCAGCAGGUUCGGUAA